UUAAACAUAAAAAUAAUAAUAAAAAAUAGGAUUGUCAUCACUUCACUUCCCUCGCAGUCUUUCAUCUCAUUCAUUCUCUUAUUUAGAUUUGCAUUUAGCGUGAAACUUAAGCGAAAAACGAAACGCUUUUGGCGGUGGGUAGGCCUUGAUCGGAGUCGGAAAUGGAUCCAGACGCAGUUUCAAAGGCAUUCGUGGAGCACUACUACUCCACCUUCGAUACCAGCCGUGCCAAUCUGGGUACCCUAUACCAGGACGCCUCCAUGUUGACCUUCGAAGGUCAGAAGUUCCAAGGGGCCCAGAACAUCGUAGCCAAGCUCGCUAGUCUUCCUUUUGAGCAGUGCAAGCACAACAUCAGCACCGUCGAUUGCCAGCCCUCUGGCCCAGCCGGUGGAAUGCUUGUCUUCGUCAGCGGCAAUCUCCAGCUUGCCGGCGAACAGCACGCUCUCAAGUUUAGCCAGAUGUUCCAUUUGAUGCCAACACCACAGGGAAGCUUCUACGUGUUUAAUGACAUUUUCCGGUUGAAUUAUGCAUGAAUGAGAACAUUCUCUGCAAUUCGAAGAGAAGAUGGGAAAUGAUGUCUGCAUUGUUUGGGAAACAAACCAGUUUGCUAUUAUCACUCGUUACUUUUAGACUUCUCAAAUGAAAAGUUGGAAUUUUUAUUUUUAUUUUUUAAAAUUUUAAAAAAAUUUGUUGUUUAAGUUGUAGUUUCCCCAUUGUGUCUAUGGUUCUGAGUUUUUCUUGGUUGUGAUUGGUUAAAUGGAUUCAAGUUACUUUCCUGAUAACUAUUGAAUUGAAUUCGGUACUGAAGGCUUAAAUUGAAGUUUACCUUUUCACA